CGCCGGAGCGGGGGCUGCGGGUCCCGGAUCCUCUCGGAGGAAACCCCCGCGCCCUCCCAGAGGGAACGGGACCCGGCACGCAUGCUUCAUUUAAUGCUCAAGGUUUUGGGUCUUUCAGGCUGCUGUGUGAAAUGGUGGUCUUUAGGGUGAACAGCUCGGGUUUCUGGUCCGCUUUCUAAUGUGUGAGCAAAGUUCCUGUGACACCACCAUUUCCGUAUCCAUGAACCGGAUGACAGGAGCUCGGGAUUGCUGAAGGUUCACUUGGAUAACGCGCAAAGUGAAUAGCACGAUGUCUGCCGCCUGCUUCGCGCUUUAAGGCAAUUAAUUGUUCGCUGUCAUUUAGGGAGUCUUAGUUCUGCUGGGCAAAUCUGCCUCAAACUGUAACGCAGGUGUGAAGGAGCGCUCCGGAGCGUCUGAGCAUCCGUGGUGCUCAGCUGAGGCCAGGAUUUUACAGGCAAGAAGUAGGGUUUUCUUCUACUUCCGGAGCGGUUCAGUUUUCGCUAGGAAAACUGCGCUACCUUUGAACACUGGGUCCAGUAAGGGAGAAAGGAAGCUUGGCUGAAGGACCUUUUACUUUGGAAGAAGUGCUUGAUUUGGUGUUUCUCAAAACCUGUUUUUCAAAGUGCCCCAAGGAGCUAAUAAUCAGACUGAAGGUACAGGAAGAAAAUUCAGCUGUGGAAUACCUAUAUGGAGAUAACUUUUCACACAAGGGAACUUCAAAUCUUUAUCCUAUUGAGCAUUUUUGCAAGUGGUAUGGAAAUAAAAAUCAGCCAGUUUACUGAUGCUCUUAAGGAAUGCAGUGGAAAGUCAUAUCAGCAAUGUGCUGCAAUACAGCAAUGGCGAUCAGAAGGUAGAGUAGCUGUAUGGCUCCACGUUCCCAUCCUCCAAAGUCGAUUUAUUGCUCCUGCUGCUUCUCUUGGUUUCUGCUUUCACCAUGCAGAAUCGGAUUCAUCAACUCUGACUCUGUGGCUGGGAGAAGGACCCAGUAGAUUACCAGGAUAUGCUACGCAUCAAGUAGGAGUUGCAGGAGCUGUAUUUGAUGAAAGUACUAGAAAAAUACUGGUUGUACAAGAUCGAAAUAAAUUGAAAAAUAUAUGGAAGUUUCCAGGAGGCCUGUCAGAGCCUGGAGAAGAUAUUGGAGAUACAGCAGUUCGAGAAGUUUUUGAAGAGACUGGUAUAAAAUCAGAAUUCAGGUCCCUCCUGAGUAUUCGACAACAGCAUACCAAUCCAGGAGCUUUUGGGAAGUCUGAUAUGUAUAUCAUCUGUCGCCUCAAGCCAUGUUCAUUCACCAUAAAUUUUUGCCAGCAUGAGUGCUUAAGAUGUGAAUGGAUGGAUCUCAGUGACCUAGUCAAGACGGAAAAUACAACUCCUAUCACCAGCAGAGUGGCUAAGCUGCUGCUGUAUGGAUACAGAGAAGGGUUUGACAAAAUUGACCUCACCAUGGAAGAACUUCCAGCAGUUUACACAGGCCUGUUCUAUAAACUGUAUCACAAAGAAUUGCCAGAGAAUUACAAAAUUGUGACAGGAAUGGAUUAAAUUCACAUUUACAUGU